AAAAAAAAAGUAGUACCAGUGUGGUAAAUUUGAUCGAAGAAUAGGGUUAUUUAAGUAAUCUUUCAAGACUUCAUCACCCUCUUUAUUCAUAGUCAUAAAUAAUAUAAUAUAAUGUAAUCCUCCGUUCCCCCCCUCUCAGAGACCGGAAGAGGCAAAAGAUGUCGGGAAAAGGCGCCAAGGGUUUGAUUACGGGCAAGACCUCAGCUACCGACAAGGAUAAGAACAAGAAGAAACCCACCUCUCGCUCUUCUCGCGCUGGCCUUCAGUUCCCAGUUGGCCGGAUCCAUCGAUUGCUGAAGUCAAGGACCAUGGCUCAUGGAAGGGUAGGAGCAACGGCUGCUGUUUAUUCUGCUGCUAUUUUGGAGUAUUUGACUGCUGAGGUGUUGGAGUUGGCUGGAAAUGCUAGCAAAGAUCUCAAGGUGAAACGUAUCACUCCCAGGCAUUUGCAACUUGCAAUUCGAGGUGAUGAAGAACUUGAUACUCUUAUCAAGGGCACCAUUGCUGGUGGUGGAGUCAUCCCUCACAUCCACAAGUCACUUAUCAACAAAUCAUCCAAGGAAUAGCUUUCUAAAAGGAUUUUAUGUGCAUCCGUUUGCCAUGGCGAAAAAAAAAAAAAUCCUUGCUGAAGUGAGCCUGCCAUCCACAGCCAUGGAUUUGUUCAAAACCUGUUGUGUGAUCAGGGUUAUGCAUUUAAGUUUUAAAUUGUUAGCUUAUACUUGUUUUCUUUCAUUUCAGUUGGAGGACUUAGUAUACUUCUCAUAAAUGUUUCCUUUUUGUUUAGGACUAGGCAAAUUAUGUUGGAUAUAUCAUCAACAGUGUUUGACAUAUCUAAUCUUUGUUCAAACAUUACUAUACUAAUGUUAAUAUCAACUUGAGUGAUAUUAUUUCAUA